GGCUAGAGCGGCUUCCGGGGCGCGCGCCUCUCCGCGACCCCCCGGUUGUGCGGCGCGCGCCCUGCUGUUGGUUGGUCUCGCCGUCCCGAGUGCGCGCAGGACGCCCCCUCCGAGCGGAGGGCCGGCAGCCUGGCGGACGAGCGACUCGCUGCGUGGGGAACGUGGAGGGUUGGGCCCUUCCUGCUCUGGUGACGUCCGGGGCAGCGGUGGCCGAGGUCCUCAGAGAAACCUAGCGGCUUUGCUGUCUGGCUUGCGGCUCCAUUCCUCUGCGAGGCAGACAAGAUUGCUCGUACUAACUGAAGAAUGCUGUCAUUUAAGGGAGGCCCACGUACUGGAAUGUUAGAAGUCUUAAGAACUCAGGACAAGCAGCAGACAUACAUGCAACAUGGUGACUGGAACCCUAAGGACUCUGCAAUAUGAAUAAUUCUCUGGAGAAUACCAUCUCAUUUGAAGAGUACAUCCGAGUGAAGGCGAGGUCUGUCCCCCAGCACAGGAUGAAGGAAUUUCUGGACUCACUGGCGUCUAAGGGACCAGAAGCUCUUCAAGAGUUCCAGCAGACUGCCACCACCACCAUGGUGUACCAACAGGGUGGGAACUGUAUAUACACAGACAGUACUGAAGUGGCUGGGUCUUUGCUUGAACUUGCUUGUCCAGUCACAACCAGUGUUCAACCACAAACUCAGCAAGAACAGCAAAUCCAGGUUCAGCAGCCACAGCAGGUUCAGGUACAGGUGCAGGUACAGCAGUCUCCACAGCAAGUCUCAGCUCAGCAACUUUCCCCUCAGUUCACCGUUCACCAGCCUGCUGAGCAGCCUAUCCAGGUCCAGGUGCAGAUCCAGGGCCAACCACCGCAGUCAGCAGCCCCCUCCAUCCAGACCCCAUCUCUGCAGAGCCCCAGCCCCUCUCAGCUGCAAGCAGCCCAGAUCCAGGUGCAGCACGUGCAGGCAGCCCAGCAGAUCCAGGCUGCAGAAAUCCCAGAGGAACAUAUCCCACAUCAACAGAUCCAGGCUCAGCUGGUGGCUGGCCAGUCUCUUGCCGGGGGUCAGCAGAUUCAAAUCCAGACCGUGGGUGCCCUUUCCCCGCCACCGUCCCAGCAGGGCUCACCCCGGGAAGGAGAACGGCGGGUUGGCACAGCCAGUGUCCUUCAGCCAGUGAAGAAACGCAAAGUGGACAUGCCCAUCACCGUGUCCUACGCCAUCUCAGGGCAGCCAGUGGCCACCGUGCUGGCCAUUCCACAGGGCCAGCAGCAGAGUUACGUAUCUUUGAGGCCAGACUUACUGACAGUAGACAGUGCCCACUUGUACAGUGCCACUGGGACCAUAACUAGCCCUACAGGAGAAACUUGGACCAUCCCUGUUUAUUCUGCCCAGCCCCGGGGGGACCCUCAGCAGCAGAGCAUUACUCACAUUGCCAUUCCCCAGGAAGCCUACAAUGCAGUCCACGUCAGUGGCUCGCCCACAGCCCUGGCAGCUGUAAAGCUGGAGGAUGACAAGGAGAAGAUGGUGGGCGCCACAUCUGUAGUGAAAAAUUCCCAUGAAGAGGUAGUGCAGACCCUUGCAAACUCUCUCUUUCCAGCACAGUUCAUGAAUGGCAACAUCCAUAUUCCAGUGGCUGUGCAGGCCGUUGCAGGCACGUACCAGAAUACAGCUCAGACUGUACAUAUAUGGGACCCACAGCAGCAGCCACAGCAGCAAACUGCACAAGAACAGACACCACCACCACCCCAACAGCAGCAACAGCUCCAGGUUACUUGUUCAGCACAAACUGUUCAGGUUGCUGAAGUUGAGCCACAGUCACAACCACAGCCUUCACCAGAACUUUUGCUUCCAAAUUCUUUGAAGCCAGAAGAAGGGCUCGAAGUAUGGAAAAACUGGGCUCAAACCAAGAAUGCUGAACUAGAGAAGGAUGCUCAAAACAGACUGGCCCCCAUUGGGAGGCGCCAGUUGCUACGAUUCCAAGAAGAUCUGAUCUCCUCUGCUGUGGCCGAAUUGAAUUACGGCCUCUGUUUAAUGACACGCGAGGCUCGAAAUGGAGAAGGUGAACCCUACGACCCAGACGUACUCUACUACAUUUUCUUGUGUAUACAAAAGUAUCUUUUUGAAAAUGGAAGAGUAGAUGACAUAUUUUCUGAUCUUUACUAUGUUCGUUUCACGGAGUGGUUACAUGAAGUCCUGAAGGAUGUGCAGCCCCGUGUCACUCCUCUUGGCUAUGUUCUGCCCAGCCAUGUGACUGAAGAGAUGCUGUGGGAGUGCAAACAGCUUGGGGCACACUCCCCUUCCACACUGCUGACCACCCUCAUGUUCUUUAAUACCAAGUACUUCCUGUUGAAGACAGUAGAUCAGCACAUGAAGCUGGCUUUCUCCAAGGUCCUUCGACAGACAAAGAAGAACCCCUCGAAUCCUAAGGAUAAAAGCACGAGUAUCCGCUAUCUGAAGGCCCUUGGAAUCCAUCAGACUGGCCAGAAAGUUACAGAUGACAUGUAUGCAGAACAGACAGAGAAUCCAGAGAAUCCAUUGAGGUGUCCCAUCAAGCUGUACGAUUUCUACCUCUUCAAAUGCCCCCAGAGUGUGAAAGGCCGAAAUGACACCUUUUACCUGACACCUGAGCCGGUGGUGGCUCCCAACAGCCCAAUUUGGUACUCAGUCCAGCCGAUCAGCAGAGAGCAGAUGGGACAGAUGCUGACCCGCAUCCUGGUUAUACGAGAAAUCCAAGAAGCCAUUGCCGUGGCCAGCGCAACCACCAUGCACUGAGGUGCCUCAGCCUCAGUAGACAAAAAAAAAAAAAUCCAGGAAAAACCAGACAAAAACUUUUACACUAAAGAAGAGGCCUCCAUUUUUUCUUUUUUUUUUUUUUUUUAUUUCCUGUGGAUUUUGUUGGUUUUUUGUUUUGUUUUUUGUUUUGUUUUUUCCGGACCUAAUUGUAGUUACGAUGCUUUUCAGGCUACUUCUGUUAAAAAUGUAAAAGGCAUCAUUGUCCCUUUGAGUCUUCAUAGAUGUCGGCAGACCCCUUGAUUCGUGGGGCUCUGGGAUUUUGAGAGCCAGAUGUCCUAAGAAGUGGCUGGCUUUUAUUCUCUUUUUUUUCUUUUGUCUGGGGCAUGGGGAAAGGGUCUUGGACUGUUGGGACAAAUAUGGGCCCUUCCCUUUCACAAGGAAGAUGGAGCUGCUGAUGGAUCAAUCUCCUGGGGAUCUCCACCUGACUUCACUUUGGACUGACUACAUGGAGCCAGUUUUUUCUUCAUGCUCAGACAUAAACUUAGCAUCUUAACGAAAGAAAAAUGAGAGGAAAUUCAAUUAUGAUUUUAUUAAAGACAAUUUCUAUUACACCCUCCUUUAUGACAAGUGACAUAGAUGUUAAAGUAAAAACUUUACCAUGCCUUUUUUUUUUCUUGGCCUAACAUUGAGGCCUUAAACCUGAGGCUGCUGUGCCUGAUGGAAUUCUUGUAACAUACACUUGUGUAUCAUAUAAAGAUACCACUCUUUCUCUUAUGUAUUCUUAUUCUAGUUGUUUAUUAAGAAUGACAAGCACGUCUUUUCAACAU